CGCCCCCAUAUAUAAAUAAAAUGUUGCUAUUUCGCAUUUUUCUGUUAUUUAGUUCAAGACUUUCGCGUAUUUAGCCCGUUUACGCUUCCUCGUGCCACCCGUCGACACGUGUUAUGGAGCACGUGCCUAGCUAGUAGCUAACGCUAACCUUGUCGGUUGUCGGUUGUCGGUGAUUACUUUUCUCUGCUCUUUGUCGUCUUUAAUUUAUACCCCAUCAGCUAAAACGAGAAAUGUCACAUUACAAGUUAGACAACGGAAUGGAAGAUUGCAAGUUCUUAGACAGUUUUAAAGACAAACGGUUAAAAUUAACCCUGAAGAGCGUCACGUACAUGGGUACGGUUGUGCGCGUGGGUCUGAACAGAACGGUGGUUCUCAGAGACGUGGUUGACAUCAGGAGUGGCAGGAAGCUCUCUGGAGUGAAGCUCUUCUUUGGUCAUGAAAUUGUGAAUGUGGAAUUCCCUGAUGCUCUAGCAGAUGAUCAUGGUGGAAAUGGUGGCAGUGACCAUGGAGUCCAAGGAGCAGAGUUGACUGUGGCUGAGUUUCAGCCCUACAGGAACAAUAUGGAACUUGGCGAUGAUGAUGAUGAGAGUGAGUGUGUGGACUUUGUGGUAAUUGACACCUUCUCUGAGAAGUUUAGGCCUGCCGUGAUGCAUAUCUAUAAACAGAAGGUGAUCAGCAUCGCAGCUGACAGCAUUGGGGACGUCCCACAUGAAAGACUCUGUUGGCUCCAGAUUGCCACCAAUAACAAAGUUUACCUUUUCGACAUCCUCUUACUUGGUGCUAAGGCUUUCAAGAAUGGGUUGUCCAUGACUUUAGAAAAUAAGCACAUAUUAAAGGUGGUCCAUGACUGUCGCAGUAUGGCUGCUUGCCUCCUGACUCAAUAUGGAGUCAGUCUCGCCAACGUCUUUGACACACAGGUGGCAGAUGUUGCGCACUUCUACAUGGAGACGGGCGGUUUCCUCCCAGACCGGGUCAGCACGUUGCAGGAAGUGGUGGCUCUCCACCUGGAAGUGCCACUUUCUCGACUGGAGGCCUUGAACCUCAUGUCCGAAAUUUCUAAGGAGAACAAGAAGGUGUGGCAUGUGCGGCCUUGCCCUCUGUCCCUGCUGAAGAUGAUGGUUUUCUCAGUAAUCUAUCUGCAGCCGCUGCGCCUUGUGCUGCUGGACGGGCUCAUGUCUGACAUCACAAGCCUCAUGGACUCCUACCUGGAAAUCAGCUUGCAGGAGAUGGUGCCAACGCAACACAUCGGCUCGUCCAACAGGCUGGCGCUGCCCUCGGAACUGCGGCGCCUCGAGCAGAAGAAACAGGAGCGACGGCAGAGGGCGGUGGACAUGUACCCUCUUACUGCUGAUGGGCUGCUGCUGCGCUUCUCCCCCAAGCCUCUCAAGGAUCCAAUAUUUCAGGCAGACCUCAACACUCCUCUCCCCGCUACAGCUGUGCAGCCAGCUGCCCAGAUGGUUCCCAGCAGCGUCUCCUCAUUGCCACGUACCAUCCCCGCAGGGAACCCCGGUAGGGUGCAAAUCGUGGGGCCGACAUCCAUCGCCGACCUGAGUGGAGGGGGAAACCAUUUUUUGCAGAUGUUUACACAUACAGCUGGGGCACCUUCUGGAGUUACCAAGGCAUAUAUGGGGAGCAGGCGAGCUGAAAACCCUAUCCCUGGAGCAGCUGCAUCCAGUUUAGGGGGCAGGAGGGCUGCAGACCGAGACCCUAUAGAAGACUGUACUGGAUCAUUUCCUGACUGUGCCGUCACUCUGGGAAGGGGUCACUUCUUUCAUAGACCAGGUGGUCACCUUGCAUAAAGGCAAGCCAAAGGAUUAGUGUUAACUGAGCAAGUUAAAAACUGAAGUUUUAGUUCUUUUUUUUGUUAAUUUUUAAUUGCAUGCAGUAACAUUUCUGUUCGAACCCCAGUGUGUUAGCCUUGCAAUAGGAGACUGUGCGUUGGGUGGCUCUUUGGUUGUUAUAAAACUUCAGAAACGGACCAGUAGAUGGCAGUAGAGUACAAUGUUAAUAUUCACAGCUUCUGAUUUCUAAUUCAUUGUUCUCAAGAAAGGGAAAUUUUGUUUGGUGCCUUUUCCAUUUCAUUUUCUGAGCAAAUUGAUUUAAAACCCAGUUGUUUAUAAGUAACUGUGUAAAGGCAUAAUAAUGGGAAAAAAUAAAUCUCAGACA